AUGUGGAUGUUAAAUUUUUACAGGUUUCAAAGUUCUGGCAACCUUACAAAAGGAAGUGAUAUUUAUAGUUUUGGAAUAAUUCUGCUAGAGCUAAUCACUGGACAACCAGCAGCGAAAAGGCAACCAAACAAUACCUUCACUUUCCUGCUUCAAUGGGUUACCCCUAAAGUUAAAAACGAGAAUAUCAAGUCCAUUAUUGACUCAAGGGUCCAAGGAAAAUAUAGUGUUGAUUCGGCUGGGAAAUUCCUACAGGUAGCCAUGUCAUGCACUGCACCAACUGCAAGUCAAAGGCCUGAUAUAAGUCAAGUAGUUUAUGAACUAAGGGGAUGUUUGGAAUUGGAGAUGAGCAAGGAAGUGACCAGCGACCAACCCACCAAUUCAAGCAGUUCCAUGAGUACGAGUGCUUUGCAAUUUGAUUCAGACUUCAGUAUAUUGUCUGGAAGAUAG